AUGGUGUAUAAAAAAGCCAUCUCUGAUCCCAGCUCAUCCGGCUCAUACGCCAGCAUGUGCAGAAGUUUAGCCAUGGUGAGAGUUCCUAUGAAGAAUAAGCCCUAUAUAGAUGUGGGCUUCAAAUCUCUCCUGCUCCAGUUCUGUUGGAAGCAGAUUGAAACGGACCAGGACGUAAAAUGCUUAGUUAACAGCAUCAAGUUCUUCAUUGAGCUCUUCAAACAGAAGCUACUGUCAGAGGCCAUUAUGCAAGAGUGUGUUGUCAAAUUGCUAAAACAACAAGAAGGCAAGACACUCAAGUGCCUGUGUCACCUUCUCACCAGUGUGGGUAAAGAGAUGGAUGUUGGGGAAGCAAAGUCUAAAAUGGACGCACACUUCACCCAACUGAAGAACCUGGUGAAGGAGCAAAAAAGGGGAUCUAAGAGAAUCCGUAAUAUGAUGAAGGACGUCCUGGUCCUGAGAAUGAAUGAUUGGGUGCCUCAGGAAACCAAACAGCAGAACGUUUUGUGA